AUGCUAGCCAUUUCUUCUUCUCCUUUAUUUUCUACUACUAAUGAUAAUUUUGGGUGGCUUUUGGAGGAUCUGAUAAGCCAUGAAUCAACAAAUAGUGGAGAAACUUCAAAUUCAUCUCAAAAAAGGCUUCAACAAUGUGAUCCAAAUAAUUUUUUUGAUCAGAUUAUUAUCAACGGUGGUGAUCAUCAUCAACCUGAUCAGACGGUGAAGAAGCUCAAUCAUAACGCAAGUGAACGUGAUCGUAGAAAGAAAAUCAACGGCUUAUAUUCUUCUCUUCGUUCUUUGCUUCCUGCUUCUGAUCAUACGAAAAAACUAAGUAUUCCAUCAACAGUAUCAAGAAUUCUCAAGUACAUACCGGAGUUACAAAGUGAAGUGGAAAGAUUGAUUCAAAAGAAAGAAGAAUUUACAUCAACAAUUAUUUCCAAUAAAAAAAAUUCAGCUGAUUUUAACAAGCAAAAAAGAAGAAAAGGAGGAAUUGAAAAUUCUUCAUUAGUUAUUACAACAAGUGAAUUAGGUGAUAAAGAAAUAGUGGUUCAAAUAUCAACUUUGAAUAAUAAUAAAGGUUCAAUUGGUGAGGCUAUUUCAGAAUUGGAGGAUGAAGGACUUGUUCUACUAAAUGCAACUUCUUUUGGAACUUUUGAAGAUGGAGUAUUCUAUACCUUACAUUUUCAGGUUGAAGGAAGAGUUGAGGUUGACAUGUUAAGAGACAAACUCUCAUCAUACUUUGAGAAUGAAGAAAACCUAUUAUGA